ACGAAAAAGUCCUGAAGGGGGUACAGGAAAAAAUAUUUUCGCGUGAUAAAAAAUUUUUUGUGCCAUGGCGGGCCCCCCCUUGAAAAAUUUCUGCGUACGCCACUGGUUUAAUGUCACACAUAUGAAUCCAAAAUACCUGGUCAACAACAUAAAAUAUAGUAAUACUUCAAGAGCGGAGCACCUACUUUUGUCUAGAACUACGCUUGUCAAAUUUCCAGUAAGCAGUCUGGAUGAGAAGUUUCUCGAAAAUCAAUAUCUUACAAAGCCAGUAUUCUGAAAUCUAUCUUCAGCGAACGAUAAGCAUCGUACGUGAGAUAUAAAAGGCUGUUUUCUGUUGCUUUUAUGAAAAUUUCUAUGAAUUUCAUGUGUUUUACACUUUGAGGUCUUUUAUAGAAUGAAUUCAAUUUGUUGAAGGUAGCUCAUGAAGACCUUCGAAACAUCUCAUUUUGUUCAAAAAUGUUUUCUCUAUUAGAUAAAAUUAUUUGUAAAACUUUUUUUUUAUGGAAUUCAGAAGGAUGGUUUGGAGAAGUCUUAGGUUUUCAAAGAUGUUUCAGCUACUAGAAUCUUUUCUCGGAUUUGUUUCAGUUAUGAUACCGGUAAGAAAAAAAAUAAAAAAAUAGUUUAUAUCUAUUUUUUUCACAUUCACUGCACUUGUUACAAUUUUGAUUGAUUUUUAUCGAUGAAUUCAAUAGUUUUCUGUUUGAAAAUAAAUCUAUUAAUCCAAUUAAAUCAUUGUUUCUAUUGUACGUAUUUAGAUAUGUUGACUGCACCACUUCCAAAUGGUACGGCUCAUAUUCCAUCUAUAAUUAAUGCUCGUCGUUUGUAUGAAUCAUGUGUUAAUGAAACAGCUAUAGAAUCAGAGUCAAUCAAUGCACUACUUUCUUUUGUCAAUACUGAACUUGGUGGUUGGCCAAUUUUACAAGGUUCAUCAUGGAAUGUGUCAUCAUUUAAUUUUUCACGUUUAUUACUUAAAUUACGUCAAUAUAGUCAUAAUAUAUUAUAUGGUUGUGGUACAUCAGCUGAUGAUAAAAAUUCUUCUGUUUACUUUAUUCGAGUUUAUCAAAGUGAUAUUGCUCUUGAACAACGAUCAAAUUAUGAUAAUGAAAAAAUUACUAAUGCUUAUCAAAAUUUUAUUCGUGAUUUAGCUUCGGCUUUAACAACUGAUACAACAAUGGUUAAUGCAGAUGUUACAAGUAUUUAUAAUUUUGAAAAAAAUAUUUCACGAGCUCAUUGGACACCUGCUGAACAACGUGCUAGACAAAAUGAAACAGUUCGUACAAGUAUUGGUAAUCUUUCGCAAACAUUUAAUACACCAUUUGAUUUCACAAAUUAUAUUCGACAAGUUUAUGCUUUAGCGAAUAUUAAUUUAAGAGAUGAUGAUAUCGUAUCAAUUAGUGAAUUAGAUUUUUUACGUAAUAUAACUUCGAUUAUUAGUAACACUUUACCACGUGUACUACAAAAUUAUUUUGUAUGGCGUUUUGUAAUGAAUAGAGUAGCAAAUAUGCCUAAACGUUAUCGUUCUAUAAGAGAUCCAUUUGAUGAAGCUUAUCGAGGUACUAUUGCUCAACGUCCACGUUCAAUAACAUGUGGAAGCUUUGUUAAUAGUAAUAUGGGUUUUGCUCUUUCGAAAGUUUAUAUUAACCAAUAUUUUGAUGAAAAUGCUAGAAGUCAGUCAUUAGAAAUGAUAAAUAAUAUUCGAAGUACAUUUAUUGAAAUGUUAAAAAAUUCGACUUGGAUGGAUGAUACUUCAAAAAAUAGAUCAGUAGAAAAAGCAUUAGCAAUCGAUGAAAAAAUUGGUUAUCCAGAUUAUUUAGGUAGUACUAACACAACAACACUCGACAAAAUGUAUCAAGAUUAUGUUUUCAGUGACUCGUAUCUAAGUAAUACUUUCAAGUUAUUACAAAUUAAAUCCAACGAAAGUCUUCGAAUACUUCGUGAUCCUAUUGAUCGUAAAGAUUGGGGCACUAGUCCACCAACUAUAGUCAAUGCUUUUUACAGUCCACCAAGAAAUCAAAUCAGUUUUCCAGCUGGUAUUCUUCAAAUGCCAUUUUUCAAUAGAGAUGCACCGAAAUAUUUAAAUUAUGGUGCGGUUAUCGGUCAUGAAAUCACUCAUGGUUUUGAUGAUAGUGGUCGUCAGUAUGACAAAGAUGGAAAUCGUGUAUCUUGGUGGACUCCUGAAACGAUUGAUCAAUUUAUUCAGCGCAAGACAUGUAUAGUAAAUCAAUAUAGUAAUUUUGUUGUAGCCCAAAUCAAUCAAACGGUUAAUGGAAAUCAAACUCAAGGUGAAAAUAUUGCUGAUAAUGGUGGAAUAAAAGAAUCAUUUUAUGCUUAUCAAAAAUGGGCUGGAAUGCCUGGUAAUAUUGAUAGAAGAUUACCUGGUCUAAGUGAAUAUUCAGCUGAACAAUUGUUUUUUAUUAAUUAUGGACAAAUUUGGUGUUCAAAAAUGACUGAUGCAAAUGCGUUGAAUAGAGUUUUAACAGGUGUUCAUUCACCGGGAGAAUUCAGAGUACGUGGUCCAACAUCGAAUUUUGAUGAAUUCGAUCGAGUAUUUAAUUGUAGGCCAGGACAAGGCAAUAGUCAAUUAAAUAAAUGUACUGUUUGGUAA